AUCCGUUCAGGAAGUAAUUUGAUGGAAUGUUUACAAUUUUUUUGUUGUGACUCGAAAAUCAGACGAAACUCUGUGAAGAAAAAAAGAAAAAAAAGGGGGAGCAAACUGGAGAUUAUUUUAUCAAGUAAUGAAUGGAGGAGUUCGAUUUUAGCUUCUGCUUGGACACCAUGGAAAAUGGUCAUGAACUUCGAGACGCCAUUUUGGAGAACGAUUUUGCACGGGCCGAGGCCGUUUUGAGAAAAGGCACGUGCAACGUUAACGAGUGCGACGACGCUGGACGAUCGUUGCUACACCUAGCGGCGUGUCGAGGAAACCCUCACAUCAUCAGACUGCUUCUCGAGGAAGGGGCAGACGCCAACAAUUUAGAUAACCAUGGCAACACGCCCCUCCACUGGUGCGGACAUGAUGAUUCAAUCAAAGUUCUUGUGGAAUUUGGAGCGCACGUGAAGGCUUGCAAUGUGAUGGGUCACACACCAAGGCAGCUGGCAUACCGAAGAGGAGUUGGGAAAGAUGUCAUCAAACUUUUCAAGACUUUGGAAAAUUGUGAAAAGUCUGGAUCCAAAGCUCGGCAUUUGAUGACAAACUGUGUGGCCACACUGCCGAGUAUUUGGCAUGAGUUCUAUUGUGAUCUUGGCGGACGGAACAUUCUUCUCCUGGUUGUCGGGCUUCUGGCUUUUUCUCUCUACAUCACAUACAUCAUCACUGGCUUCCGUUGGCAGGCUGAGGACCAAAUCCCACUGGAUUCCCAGAGUUACAAAAUCAGACUUUAAAUUUGUUUUUAAAUACAUUUGUAUUUGAAUAUCAGACUUGAAUGCAGAAUGUCUUAUGGGUUGAGUUGUGCAGGGGUGAAUCUACAGGGAAGAUUUUGUUCAGUAUCGUGCUGCAAUUCACUACGCAAUUUUAAAACAUUAAACAACUAGUUGUUAAUGUUUAAUUGACUAGAAAUAUCACUAAUCAAGAUUUUGAAAACAAAAUGUUCCCUGAUCUAAAGCAGACCUCUCAACCUCGAGGCACUAGAAACCUGGACACUGAAACCCAAAAACCUGGAGAUUUCAGUAAAAACCUGGAGAUUGACGGCUAUUCAUACAUAAUCAAGUGCUAAGCAAAAUAAAGUGGUUAUUCUUUUGUGUAGAAAGCAAUAUUUGACAGGUGACAUCAGGCAAUUUUCACUUCUACAUCACGCUUGCAAACUCUCAACAAGAAUGCGAGAGACUGGUAGCGAUAACGUUAUUUGGCAUUGAUCUUCUAAAUAUGGAUUGUUGUGUCCAGUCCACUCACUUUGUUAUUUCUGGCCGGAUUGGCCGAGAACUUGACUGAGCAACAACAGAAAUUGUUUUAACUACAAUGGAUUUUUAUUUACGAGAAAAACCGUGAGAUUUUCCAAAAAAACCCUGUGAUUUUUGAAAAACUGAGAUUUUCACGGCUUACUGUGAGACCAUGAGAUUUUGCUGAAAACCGUGAGACUUGAGAGGUCUGCUAAAGGGAGGACAUGGGAGUCUGGUUUUCCUUCUCAAGACGACUUACAUGUAUCAAUCCCCUUUCCCUGCCAAACGAUACGAGAUCUGAAAUCACAUUUACAUGUAUAACUAAUCCAUUUUUGACUUUGUAUUUAAAUGUAGUUUUCUUAUCUCUAAUGACAAUAACAGCAGAAAGUCAAAAAUUGUUAUAACCAACAAGGCAUACAUGCAUGUAUACACUCAUGUCACCUAAGUGUGCCGGCACUAAAGUCUGCGCAUGUUUAGGAUGUUAAUGACAUUACAUUACUUCUUAAAACAAGUAUUGGGGUAUGUUUGUAAACAAACAAACAACGUUAAUUUAAUUCAUAAAACAAUUGUUAAAACAGCACAUCUUGAUUGUGAAUAUAUGUAUAAAACUGGUAGAUAACACUUUGACUGAAAAACCCCUCUGAAUUAAUGCACUAACAGUAUACUUUACCAGCCUCGAUCAACGUGUUUUUGUAUCACCUGUCAACAAGGCUGUCGGUGCUGUAAUAAUCAACCAAAGUUUACAUAGAAGCUUCAGUACAUACCUUAUUGUAAUUUAUAAAUCCACAAAUGAAAUCAGUCUUUUAUUUUAUUUGUUGACAUAAACAUCCAAGCAUACUUUGAAUUUCCCUCCAAGUGACACAACACAACCAAUAUGGCUGUUCAGUCUAUAAAGCUUACAAGUUGCAGCUUGGCCUAUUUUUAGCUAUAGUCUGUUUCAAGAUUAUCAUUGAUUGUCCUAUACAGUAUUUCUAACGAACACUAUUUGUGCUCAUUGACACAUUUAAUAACCGGCAACUUUUGUUGAAUAAUGAUCAUAAAUUUUGACAUUGGCCUUUUUUAUAUUGUCAUUUUGUGUUAUCCACACUAAGAAGCAUGGAACACCAUUUAUAUUUAUCUCAUUUAGGUAAUCUAAAUUUUACUGAAACAGACUAUAAUAGGAAGUGUUUGUUGUCUAGAACUUACAAAAAGUCGAAUCCAUUACCUGUUGCUGUUUCUGUGAAUAUUAGCGACAGAAGUGGUGAUUCGAUCCUGUGACACAAGCACCUCAGGCUAAAUCCUGCCCCUAUUUUAUAAUAAAGUUUAAAACUUU